AAUACGAAUUUCCAUUAACGAUUAUCUGAGCAACAAACUGUCAAACGGUGGCCGUGCCGGCGUAGGAAUCCAAGGGAAAUUGCCAUUCUGCCCGAUAGUUUCAAUCCUCUUACAUGUGGUGUACCGUGUUCGCCGGUUUCUUCGCGCAACGUUAGGAAAUUAAUAUACAUUCACGAGCAGUUCUCGCGUGCAAGAGGUGUUCGCAAAGAAAUCAUGGAUCAGGAAACAAUACAGCUCAUUCAGAUCUUGGAAAAGACAGUUUCUCCAGACAAAAAUGAAUUGGAACAGGCGUCGAAGUUUCUGGAGGCGGCCGCCGUCACCAACCUGCCCGGAUUUAUCAAAACACUCUCCGAAAUCCUCCGGCAUGGGGGCAACAGCCCGGUGGCUCGCAUGGCUGCUGGCUUACAACUGAAAAAUCAGUUAACUUCUAAGGAUGCAAAUAUAAAGCACAGCUAUCAGAACCGGUGGCUGUCAUUUCCCGAGGAAAUCAGAGACUACAUUAAGAAAAAUAUUGUUGGAGCGUUGGGUACAGAAACAAGCCGACCAUCAUCAGCUGCGCAAUGUGUUGCGUACGUCGCCGUCACCGAAUUGCCACAAGGGCAAUGGCCAGUGCUUAUCAACCAACUGGUAAACAACGUCGUACAUGCAAACUCCACCGAAAUGCAAAAGGAAGCAACACUCGAAGCGAUAGGUUAUAUCUGCCAGGAGAUAGACUCCGAGGUGUUGGUAUCACAGUCGAACGCCAUCUUGACGGCGAUCAUUCAUGGCAUGCGCAGCACGGAACCCAGCAGUCACGUGCGACUUGCCGCUACACAAGCUCUCCUCAACUCAUUAGAAUUCACGCGAGCGAACUUCGAUAAAGAGUCAGAACGGAACUUCAUCAUGGAGGUGGUCUGCGAAGCGACGCAAUCACCUGAUUCUCAGAUUAAGGUGGCCGCUUUGCAGUGCCUUGUGAAGAUCCUCUCACUCUACUAUCAAUAUAUGGAGCCGUACAUGGCGCAGGCGCUCUUCCCCAUCACCCUGGAAGCGAUGAAGUCUGAAAACGAUGCCAUUUCGCUCCAGGGUAUUGAGUUCUGGUCGAACGUGAGCGAUGAGGAGGUGGAUCUUGCCAUCGAAGACACCGAAGCGGAGGUUGCUGGUCGGCCGCCAGCUCGGGUGUCACGGCAUUACGCGAAAGGCGCGCUUCAUUAUAUUGUUCCUGUUCUGUUGCAAAAGUUAACAAAACAGGAAGAACUCGAUGAUGAUGACGACUGGAAUCCGAGCAAAGCCGCUGGUGUAUGUCUCAUGUUGUUAGCCACCUGCUGUGAGGACGAAAUCGUUCCACAUGUUCUGCCAUUUAUUGAGGAGAACAUCAAAUCCGAUAACUGGCGGUUCCGUGACGCUUCUCUGAUGGUAUUCGGUGCAAUUUUGGGCGGCUUAGACGCCAAUACGCUGAAACCACUUGUAGAAACAGCAAUGCCUACAUUAAUUCAACUUAUGUAUGAUAACAGCGUCAUUGUACGUGACACCGCCGCGUGGACAUUCGGGAGAAUUUGCGAAAUCAUCCCGGAGGUUGCUAUUAACGAUCACUUCCUCAAACCGUUGCUGGAGAGUCUUAUUAGGGGUUUGAAGUCGGAACCGCGGGUCGCCGCGAAUGUUUGCUGGGCUUUCACAGGUUUAGCCGAAGCUGCCUAUGAGAACGCCGACGUUAAUGAAGAAACCAACCAACCUGACACCUACGUACUCUCGCAGUACUUUGAGUUCAUCGUUCAAAACCUGCUGGAGACUACAGACAGAGCCGACGGGGCACAUGCUAAUCUUAGACCUGCCGCUUAUGAAGCUCUCAUGGAGAUGGUGAAGAACUCGCCGAAAGACUGUUACAUCACCGUACAACGUACAACCAUGGUUAUUCUCGAGAGAUUGCAGCAGGUGUUGCAGAUGGAGACGCACAUUUCGAGCCACAAAGAUCGCUCGCAGUAUAAUGAUCUGCAAUCGUUGCUUUGUGGUACUCUACAGUCGGUUCUGCGUAAAGUAACACCCGAAGACGCACCGCAGAUCUCCGACGCCAUUAUGACUGCCAUGUUGACUAUGUUCAAUUCGAACAAGAGUGGUGGUGUACAGGAAGACGCCCUGAUGGCGGUUUCUACGCUUGUUGAAGUGUUGGGUGAAGGUUUCCUUAAGUACAUGGAUGCUUUCAAGCCAUUCUUGUACAUUGGUCUUAAGAAUCAUCAGGAAUAUCAGGUUUGUGGCACGGCUGUCGGUCUAACCGGCGAUAUUUUCCGAGCGCUGAAAAUGAAGGCGCUGCCAUACUGCGAUGAAAUCAUGCAUCUGCUUUUGGAGAAUCUCAGCGAUAAUUCAGUGCAUCGCAGUGUGAAACCACAGAUCUUGUCCGUUUUCGGCGAUAUUGUCCUAAGUAUUGGUCCGGAAUUCAAGAAAUACUUGGAUGUUGUUUUGUCUACGCUUGCGCAAGCGUCUCAAGCGCAGGUUGAUCGCAACGACUUCGAAAUGGUCGAGUAUUUGAACGAGUUGCGUGAAGGAGUCUUGGAUGCAUACACUGGUAUCGUUCAAGGGUUGAAGGGUGAUGGAGCUACGGCUCAUCCGGAUCUCCUGAUCGUUGAACCGCACAUUCCUUUCAUUGUGCAGUUUAUUAUCGUGGUAGCGCGUGAUCCGGAGCAUUCGGAAGGCACGAUUGCGGUGGCGGCGGGUUUGGUCGGCGAUUUAUGCUCGGCGUUCGGCACGCGAAUGCUGCAGCUGCUCGACUUGGAUUCAAUCAACGAAAUGCUGGUGGCAGGCAGGAAGAGUCGUGUGUCUCGCACGAAGACUCUGGCGACAUGGGCCACGAAAGAACUCCGGAAGUUGAAGAAUAAUGUUACUACCGCGGCCGUUGCUAGCUGAUUGCCUGGGGCUAGCUGUGGCAACACCGACGAAACGAGAAUGAAGGUUUGGUCAACGGCAUCAUUUUUGGAAUCACAUUUUUCAUAAUUUUACGUAACACAACAUACAUACACAAAUAGAACUCUGGAUCGGUCGUUCAGUUUUGCUUCGCGCAACUCUCAGCAUAAUGUUUUUCUUUUAUCAAUUUAGCAACAAAUAGCAUAAUUUUAUUCGUCACGAAUCGCUACAAGUCUACAAAACAAAUACUCGCGGGGUGAGCGUGUGAAUUUUCAUCAUGAUAGAUAAGUCAAAAAGUUAAUAAUUUAAAAAAAACAACAACAAAUCGAACGACAUCAUAUUAUCAAAGUAAAAUCAAAUCAAAUUGGGGGUAAAAGUAACUGAGGAUGAUAACUCUUUAAGUUUGUGUGAUUGUUUUAGUUGCGUCGACAUGGUAAUUGUCUCCCCCUCGCUAUCGUUUAACGUAUAAUGCGCGUGGGGUGCCGAAUGAGUGACAAUUUUCUGAAACAACGUGUGAAUUGUGAUUGUUUUUUCAUCGUUGCGGUGUAGGUACGUCUGUGGGACUAUAAGCUGUGCAAAAGCUCAAGACUGAAGCGUGGUGUGACGUGUUGUUUUUCUCUCUCGUCACUAACAUAAUCUAGUAAUAAAUGAAGCUAGAGUUUAAGCGGUUUUCCUCUUGGAUGGAUCACACUUGGAUAUUUCGGUUCUUUUACUUAAGAAGUGUAGAAAGCAAAAAAUGAAAAACCAAACAACAACUGUUACAUAUCGAAUUUUGAAACAAAAAUAACUACCACUUCUCUUGUUGAAAAACGCAAAUUCGAUGCGAUCUUUUGAAUUUUGGUUACGAUUGCGUUUUAUAUAAAUUACAAAAUGAGCACACGCGUUACUUUGAAUCAAUUACUAUUUACGCAAAAGCAGCAGCAUGAAUUCCAAUAUUUUUAAUUCCAAGAUGAGAAUUAAGAAUUCAAAAACUCAGGAAAAUUUGAGAAUAAUAAAAAAAAAUUGUGAGUGAUAUUUUUAUGAAUGUAUUUUUGUGAGGCCGUCGUGUGCCUUGCAUGAUUGAUGUGUGCUAAUACCAGGCUACUCUGUAACUAUAUAUCGUCCUCUUUGAUGCAUACUUUACGAAUGAGAACAAAACGCUGCAAACGAAACAACACGACGAGGUGCAUUCGCAAAUCGGAACAAAUGAACACACACAACCAAUCAUCACUCUCGCCUAACGAGGAGCGAUGAUCCAACACACUAUUUUACGAAUGUAUUUUAUCGAUUACGAGAGUCUGGUUCCAGGGUACGUUAGUAAUUAAUUUAAAACAAACAAAAAUGAAAAAAUCUGUGAUUUGAGAAGGCUUCAGUGCGUUGCCAAAAGUAUUGUUGAUCCUCGUGCACGAGCAAAUUCCAUUAGAUAAGUAAACGAAUAACAUAAAUAAUAAUAUAGAAUAUGUUGAAGCCUUCUCAAUCUUAUUUUUGAUAAUUAUAAUUUUCGAAUUAUAAUUAUACAAUUCCUGUAUGUGUGAUAAUUGAAUUCUUCGAGCAUCGUGCACAUAAAGCAAGGAAGCGGCCGCCUCUUUUUUGAUUCUCAGCGUUCGAAUUUUGAUGGACGCGAAUUGUUUUCCAGCUGGUCUGCGCGCCGCGCCGCUCCUGUUUAUUUGUGAUGCUCCGGAGAGUUCAUACUUAGCCUGUAUGAUAUUUUGUAUAAUGAACAUUAGUGUGAUAGGUGACUGUAUGAUUGUUAACUUGUAUUUAAGUGCUUUUUUGUUUUCAUCGCAAUGUUAUUUUAUGCAGAAAAAUCGCUUUGGUAUACCGUGGCCUACAACUAUUUUUCUAUUGUUGAUAUUUAUUUUUAUUUUUGGAAUAACCACUCAAACAAUUGUACAACAAUAGCGAACUGGGCAGUGUAUGUACUGUGUACUCCACUAAGUUUAAUUUAAAACUAAAAAAAAACAAUGCGCUUUGCGUGAGGCACAAUGGGAAAGAGUGUAAAAUAACGCCGCGGGCUGGCGGCCAUUUUGCGCCGUGUUCAUGCGACUAUCUGUAAUAAUAAUCUGUUUGCAACUCUUGUUUUCUUUGUAAGGCGUCAGUCCGUGCGGCGAAUGAACUAACGAUAGCUGUAUAAAUCAAGUGCAUGCGAAAUUUAGGUGAAUGUUGAAUUACGUUUGUUUGUUAUGAUGAGUGCCAUGAAUUUGUUUGACUGUUGAUGAGGAACAUUAAUUAUUGUAAAGAUGCAAGUUUAAACGACGAAAACAAAAUGCGAAACAACGCCCCCAUUUUCGAAGCGCACCGAUUUUCGGCAAUCGAAACGCGUCACAUUUUUAUUCUUAAAUAGCUAGUUCGUAAUACUACUACUUGUACAUGUGUGUUUAAGACUGAUUAAUUGUGCUCAAAUGAUGCGUGCAUGAUGAUGACACUUGUUGUAUUUUAUAAAUGCAGUCAUUCCAAAAUUUCGCGAAACCGGUGAAUUGAUUGCCCAAAAUCGGUCGACACGAUUUCGACAAAACACAAAUACGAUACUAUUAUACUAAUCACUUAAUAUGCGAUCAAUCAUAAUUUCAUCAUUCUUUACCGCUGGAAGGAAACAAUGAAAUGUCAAAUCGAAAGUAAUUGUAAAUGUUACCAUUCUCUAUUAGGUGCCUAUUGACCACAUUUAAAAUACUUAAGGCAAGAAAGCAUGUAACAACUACAAGAUGUAUUAGUUUUAAUUAUCAUUUCUGCACAUUGCUUUCAAAAUGAUAUCCAGUUCAUUUCCUUAGCAUUAUUCGUUCAAUGAAUUUUACUUUUAUUUACAUUAUUAUUGGGAUUCACGUCCUGUAGUUACGAUUUAACAAAUAAAUAAUUUAAAUACGCAAA